UAUAUCACUAACCCAAUAUUCGUUGAAUUGUCACGAUGUACAAUGUUUACCCAGCAAAAUAAUAACGUCUGGUUUAGUAACGUAAUCUUCAGUAUGAUUAAUUGUCAAAGCCAUGAUCGACUUUAUGCAGCCACAUCCGGUUUCACGCGGACUUAUAUAGGGGGGGGACACACAACAGUCGCCGACACUUUUAAAGAUGUUUAAGUUCCUAUUUUGACUACAUUUGACCGUGUGACUAAACAAUAACAAUAACUGCAUUAAUUAAUCACUCCAAUGUCGUCAUUCGGAAAAGAAAACGAAAGUAAGCGGCUGAUUGUCACGUGCACCCUGCAGGAUGACGCAGCAUCAGGACCAGCCGGUCACACGUGACUUGUGAAAACUACUCCAAUCCAUUUGUUUUUUUCUUGAGAUCUAUCUAUUACAUUCGUUAAAAUGAAAGAGACGAAGUCAACAACGCCAUAUUAUUGAUGAACACAACCAGCUGCGUCCUUUAUUUGACAUCCCUCCCCUCUCCCCACCUGCACCCCCCCCUCGUCCUCGGAAGUGUUUUUGCUCUGCAUCACUGAGACUUGCAGCAUCAUCGUCCCGCUCUGACCUCAGUCAUCAUGCUGCCGUCUGUGUUUGUGUGCGGCGUCCUGGCAGCGUUGCUGACGGCAGCCCGGUGUGAGCUCAUCAAGGUGUGCAUCGAGGACGACGACAACCUGAGAGUGGACUGCCGGGUGAAGGCCAAGGCCAACCAGAUCAGCAGCUACCAGUUCUCCUGGUCCUCCGGCUCCAAGGAGUCGCUCAUCAACGCCAACGUGUCCGGUUUACCGGCCGAGUCCCGGUUCAGGGGCAAGAGCGAGGUGACGGAGUUGGAGCCUCACGGCUACCGGAUGACGCUGAAAGGCUUCACGGACAAGUUGCUGCACAACACCACGUACUUGUGCAAAAUAACCGGCGCGGGCGCCAGCGUUACCGUGGAGAGAGAUCAACUUGUCCGAUGUUGUGCUGUCAGUCUGAUCCUGCAGAACUGCUGGAGUGUUGGCCUGCUGCUUUUCUUCCACGUCACUCACGCGUAACAAAUAAAAAGAGCUGCUGGAGUGUCGGCCUGCUGCUUUUCCUCCGCGUCACUCACGCAUAACAUAUACCAAAAGCUGCUGGAGCGUCUGCCUGCCGCUUUUCUUCCAUGUCACUCACGCGUAACAAGUAAAAUUAGCCGCUGGAGUGUCGGCCUGCUGCUUUUCUUCCACGUCACUCACGUGUAACAAAUAAAAAGAGUUACUGGCGUGUCGGCCUGCCGCUUUUCUUCCAUGUCACUCACGCGUGACAAAUACAAACAGCUGCUGGAGUGUCUGCCUGCCGCUUUUCUUCCAUGUCACUCACGUGUAACAAAUAAAAAGAGUUGCUGGAGUGCCAGCUUACUGCUUUUCUUCCAUGUCACUGACGCAUAACAAAUAAAAACAGCUGCUGGAGUGUCGGCCUGCUGCUUUUCCUCCGCGUCACUCACGCAUAACAUAUACCAAAAGCUGCUGGAGCGUCUGCCUGCCGCUUUUCUUCCAUGUCACUCACGCGUAACAAGUAAAAUUAGCCGCUGGAGUGUCGGCCUGCUGCUUUUCUUCCACGUCACUCACGUGUAACAAAUAAAAAGAGUUACUGGCGUGUCGGCCUGCCGCUUUUCUUCCAUGUCACUCACGCGUGACAAAUAAAAAGAGUUGCUGGAAUGUCUGCAUGCCCCUUUUCUUCCAUGUCACUCACGUGUAACAAAUAAAAAGAGUUGCUGGAGUGCCAGCUUACUGCUUUUCUUCCAUGUCACUGACGCAUAACAAAUAAAAACAGCUGCUGGAGUGUCUGCCUGCCUCUUUUCUUCCACGUCACUCACGUGUAACGAAUAAAAAGAGUUGCUGGAGUGUUGGCCUACUUUUUUUCUUUCAUGUCACUCACACGUAACAAAUAAAACCAGCUGCUGUCUGCCUGCCGCUUUUCUUCCAUGUCACUCAUGUGUAACAAAUAAAAAGAGCUGCUGGAGUCUAGGCCCGCUGCUUUUCUUGCACGUCACUCACGCGUAACAAAUAAAAACAACUGCUGGAGUGUCGGCCCGCCGCUUUUCUUCCACGUCACUCACUUGUAAUAAAUAAAAAGAGCUGCUGGAGUGUCGGCCUAUUGCUUUUCUUCCAUGUCACUCACGUGUAACAAAUAAAAAGAGCUGCUGGAGUGUCGGCCUUCUGCUUUUCUUCCACGUCACUCACGCGUAACAAAUAAAAACAGCUGCUGGAGUGUCGGCCUGUCACUUUUCUUCCACGUCACUCACGCGUAACAAAUAAAAACAGCUGCUGGAGUGUCGGCCUGUCACUUUUCUUCCACGUCACUCACGUGUAACAAAUAAAAAGAGUUGCUGGAGUGUCGGCCUACUUCUUUUCUUCCAUGUCACUCACGCGUAACAAAUAAAAACAGCUGCUGUCUGCCUGCCGCUUUUCUUCCAUGUCACUCAUAUGUAUCAAAUAAAAAGAGCUGCCGGAGUGUAGGUUUGGCUGCUUUUCUUCCACGUCACUCACGCGUAACAAAUAAAAA